AUGGGAUUCAAUGUCUCAAGCAGAGUAUAUACGAGAGUAUUAGCGGAAUCGCCUGCAAACUGCAGAAAUGGAAGUGAUAGCAACAAAUAUAUGCAAGAAUAUCAACGCAGGCGCCAACAAAUAACUGAAAUAGAAGUAGUUGAGCCAGUAGAAGCAGAGAAUAUUAGUAAUUCUCAUGCAGAGUAUAUGCAGGAGUAUCGACACAGAUGCCAACUUACAGCUGAAAUAGAAGUAGUUCAGGCAGAAGUAGUGAGAGCACAAGUAAUUCAAGCAGAAGUAGUGGAAACAGAAGUAGUGGAGACAGAAGCAGCAGAGACAGAAGAGGAGAACCAUAAUUCUUGA